AUGGAUCCAAGUGUCCCGACCUUAGAGACUGAACUCACAACAAUGAAUGGAAGUGAUGAUGCCCUUUCUCCAAAUUGUAAUGUGGAGACUCUGACACAAGACUUGCUGAUCGUUAUAAUUGCCCUUGGUGGGCUGGCAGGAAACAUGGUUGUGCUUUUGUUCCUGGGCUUCCACAUGAAGAAGAAUGCCUUCUCUGUCUACAUCCUCAACCUGGCAAUGGCUGACUUCCUCUUCCUCUGCUGCUGCACCAUAGAUUCCCUGUUAAAACUUAUAGAGUUUUUCCAUUCUUUUUACAUCUUCAUCCCCUACUUCAAUACCAUGUCAUCCUUUGCCUACAUUGCAAGCCUAAGCAUUCUCAGCAUCAUAAGCACCGAGCGCUGUCUGUCCAUUCUUUGCCCCAUCUGGUACCGCUGUCACCGCCCAAAGCACCUGUCAGCUAUAAUGUGUGCCCUGCUCUGGACCUUGGCCCUACUGCUAGGCAUCCUGGAAGGAAACUAUUGUGGCUUCCUGUCUGGGGACUUUAGGGCUAAAUGGUGCCAGGUACUUGAUUUCAUCACUGCUGGGUGGCUGAUAUUUUUAUAUGUGCUUCUCUCUGGAACCAGUAUGACCCUAUUGACCAGAGCCCUCUGUAUCUCCCAGCGUAUGCAGCUGACCAGGCUCUAUGUGACCAUAGUGCUCACAGUAUUGGUCUUCUUUCUCUGUGGUCUCCCCUAUGGCAUAUACUGGUUCCUAUUAUACUGGAUUUACAGUGAAUCUAAUAUGUUCUUAUGUUAUUUAUCAUUGGUUGGAAUUGUCCUGUCCUGUGUUAACAGCAGUGCCAAUCCCAUCAUCUAUUUCUUUGUUGGCUCCUUUAGACAACGAAGGCAGUGGCAGCGGCUACCAUGGACACUCAAAAUGCUUCUCCAGAAAGCCCUGCAGGACACACCUGAGGUGGCUGAUUCUGGAGGAAGCCUUACUAAGGAAACAAUGAAGAUGUCAGGGAGCAGUGUGGUGUAG